GGUAGAGUUUGAGUCUGCUUGUUGUACCUUCAGCGACAACGCCGAAUAGCGCUUGAAUAUCUACCGGGGAUCAUCACAAAAAGCAUGGCUGGCCGGACGAUGCAAGCGGCAAGAUGCCCGACAGACGAGCUGUCUUUGACCAACUGUGCCGUCAUCAGCGAGAAGGAGCAGCAGUUUGAACAACAUGUGACGGUGCGCAAUCUGACUCAUAAGUAUGUGUUCACCGUGAAGACCCACCCCAGUGUCGUCACAGGGACCAUUGCAUUCAGCCUGCCACAGAGAAAGUGGGCCGGUCUGUCCAUUGGUCAAGAUGUAGAAGUGACCAGCUACAAGUUUGACAGGUCUAAACAGUGUGUGGGUACCAUGAUGGUCGAAAUUGAUUUCCUUCAGAAGAAGAGUGUAGACAGCAACCCGUACGACUCUGACAAGAUGGCGGCCGAGUUCAUUCAGCACUUCAACAGUCAGGCCUUCAGCAUCGGACAGCAGCUGGUGUUUAGUUUCUGUGACAAACUGUUUGGCUUGCUGAUAAAGGAUAUAGAGGCUUUGGACCCCAGCAUCCUCAAGGGAGAGCAUGCCUCUGGCAAGAAACAGAAGAUUGAUAUUGGUUUGUUGCUUGGCAACAGUCAGGUGAUGUUCGAGAAGGCUGAGAGCUCAUCAUUAACCCUGGUUGGGAAAGCGAAGACCAGAGAGUCUCGCCAGUCCAUCAUCAACCCAGACUGGAACUUUGAGAGGAUGGGCAUUGGCGGCCUGGACAAGGAGUUCUCUGAUAUCUUCCGCAGAGCCUUCGCCUCCCGCGUCUUCCCUCCGGAUAUCGUAGAACAAAUGGGUUGUAAGCAUGUGAAGGGAAUCCUGCUUUUCGGACCCCCGGGCUGUGGUAAGACCUUGAUGGCCCGACAGAUAGGCAAGAUGCUCAACGCCCGGGAGCCAAAGGUUGUCAACGGCCCCGAGAUCCUCAACAAGUACGUUGGAGAGUCUGAAGCCAAUAUCAGGAAGCUGUUUGCAGACGCAGAGGACGAGCAGAAGAGGCUGGGUGCCAACAGCGGCCUUCACAUCAUUAUUUUCGAUGAGAUCGAUGCCAUUUGCAAGCAGCGUGGCAGCAUGGCCGGCAGCACGGGGGUCCACGACACGGUGGUCAACCAGCUCCUCUCCAAGAUAGAUGGAGUGGAGCAGCUCAACAACAUCCUGGUCAUAGGAAUGACCAACAGGCCUGACCUGAUAGAUGAGGCCCUGAUGAGGCCUGGCAGAUUGGAAGUGAAGAUGGAGAUCGGUUUACCAGACGAGAAGGGUCGUGUCCAGAUCCUCAAUAUUCACACGACUAAGAUGCGCCAGUUCAACCUGUUGGCCAGCGACGUGGACAUCAAGGAGCUAGCCAUGGACACGAAGAACUACAGCGGUGCUGAGCUGGAGGGCCUGGUUAGGGCCGCCCAGUCAACUGCCAUGAACAGACAUAUCAAGGCCAGUGCCACAGUGGAGGUAGACCUGGAAAAGGCUGAAAAGCUGCAAGUCCACAGACAUGACUUCCUGGCAUCUCUAGAUAAUGACAUCAAACCUGCCUUCGGUACCAACCAGGAGGACUAUGCCAGCUACAUCAUGAACGGCAUCAUCAGGUGGGGCGACCCAGUGUCGGCGGUGCUGGAGGAUGGAGAGCUGCUGGUGCAGCAGACUAAGAACAGCGACCGCACGCCACUGGUCUCAGUGCUGUUGGAGGGCCCUCCCAACAGUGGGAAGACAGCCCUGGCAGCUAAGAUCUCUGAAGACUCCCAAUUCCCAUUCAUCAAGAUCUGCUCCCCUGACAAGAUGAUAGGACACUCCGAGAUCGCCAAAUGUCAGGCCAUCAAAAAGAUAUUUGAAGAUGCCUACAAGUCCCAGCUGAGCUGUGUGGUAGUCGAUGACAUUGAACGCUUGUUGGACUAUGUUCCCAUUGGCCCUCGCUUCUCUAACCUGGUACUGCAAGCUCUCCUGGUUCUACUGAAGAAACCACCUCCGAAGGGUCGCAAGCUGCUGAUCAUCGGCACAACCAGCCGGAAAGAUGUUCUCCAGGAGAUGGAGAUGUUGGACGCCUUCAGCACCACCAUCCACAUCCCCAACAUCUCAAGGGGGGAACAGCUGAUCGAGGCCCUGGAGCUGCUGGGCAGUUUCCAGGAGAAAGAGCGGGCCAGCAUAGCCAAGGCUGUGAAGGGCCUGGGGCUGUGGAUUGGCAUAAAGAAGCUGCUGAUGCUAAUUGAAAUGGCAGUGCAGAUGGAUCCUGAUUACAGAGUUAGCAAGUUCCUGAGUCUGCUGAGAGAUGAGGGAGCAUUAGGUUCUGAUAAGGUUUUGGCAAUCUAAGCCCGUGGUGGACCCACAUAGUCAAGCAGAGGCAGCUCUUCAUGCCGUCAGGGAGGAGAAGUCUGAAAGCGGCUGCCAGGAGAGAGCGAGCGAGAUGCUAUCUCUCACUUGAUAUACCACAUCCAUCCCUGCAGCUCUCGUCGUGCUCUCUGUACCGCAUGUUUCUGUGGCAGUGCCCAACCAAACAACCUCCUCCUCCUCUUCAGCACUCUGUGGAGAUAAGUGUAAAUUAAGAAAAACCGAGCACUGUUUAUGGCCUCUGUUUAUAUUAUAAUUCCUGAAGGCAAAUGUUGAAAUCUACAUGCUGCUCCCAGUGCUCCAUGAGUGUUUUUAAUAUAGAAAAGCAGAGGCAAAAGUCUAUUUGUGUGUUUGUAUGUUUGUGCUGACAGGUUCUGCAAUAUGAUCAUUCCGGGACAUGAUGGUUGAAAGAUCUACUCACUUUGGUCUUAUUAUGUGUUUUUGUGCUUGCUCGUGUUUAUUUUAUGGACAAAUUAUUCAUGUAUGAGCUAAUGAGAAAAAUGACUGUAUCGAGUAUAGUUCAGCAAAUUCAUAAUAGAAGGGAAGCCCUCUCACGCCAAAUGUUACAGUUUAAUUUGUUCAAGUGAAGGGAUUUUGUUAUCUUCUAAGAAUGCCUGCUGUUACCUGUUGUGCCUUUGCAUGCUGGUUAAAGGCUGCAUUAUGUAUUUGUAUGUCACAUAUUAACUAGAAACAAUGUUCACUAUUAUCAUCUUAGUACCUCCUUUUUAUUUGCUUAGAAAGUGCAAGAUGCAUCUGGAGGAGGAUACGUGAAGUAUCUUAAACAGGAGGUGCUAAAUCGAUUCCAGACCUGGUUCAAAUGGCAUGUCCCAAUAACUCCUGCUAUAUGUUUUGACCUUCUUGGAGCACCAUAAGGGUGAGAUGCAUCACAAAGGACUAUACAGUUGAUGUGAGUGAGACUAGAUUAUCACUAGGAAGUAUUUCAAAGUUAAGUUUCCAUUGUUUUCUGUGAUUGAUAACUUUGAUGGAUUUUAUUGUAAAUACUUUUUAUCCUGGUUUGCCUGACACAAGUGUGUAGUCAUCCUUAAAUGUGUGCUGUUAUAGCAAAUCAAUCAACCUUAAACCAAUUCCUCCGUAUUUUUAGAAGGUUUAUGCAUAAAGACAAAAUAAGUCCAAGUUGGAGCCUAUUGGAUCUGAUGCCUCGAGUCCCCCCUUAUGAAUCUGUUGUGUAAUUGCUGUACACCUCAACAGCAAAUGACUGUUUAUCUACCAAUUUUCCAAAUUGCUAACGUAACCGCUCGCUACAGCAUCUGUAUGGUACCUGUACACCUUGAACCCUGUUUGAGAUGCUGGUCUGAUUGACCCAAUACUGUCACUCUCCCAAAGUAAAAAGGGAUGUCGACAUUAUCUGUAAUGUCAGCAAAACUCCUCUCCCAUCGUGCAAGCGUGCUUAAACACUGCCGUUUCUUGAGCCAAUAGUAUGGUCUCUUUCCAGAUACAGGCGCUGGCAGUGUUGACAUUGUAAAGAGUGGAUAUGCGUGUCAAAGUUGGCGUCAAUUCAGAGUUUAAAAUUCAGAAUGAUGCUUUAACUGCUCAAAACUGAGAUAUCUAAUUGAAAUAUUCAAACCUGUAUUUGAUAGGGGAUAGAAUGAGUUGACAUCUGGCUGAUGAUGUGUAUGUCCCUACUCUUUGCUAUUGUACAAGUUUUACAGUGACUGGCACUUUUUGUCACAGAUGUAUUAUUUGCAAUGAUGAGGAGCCGUGUUUGCUGUUUGCAUUUUUCAUUAAAUUGUAAGUAUAUUAUUGUACUGACAGUGCACAAGUGAAAAGCUUCUAUCCUGUUUCCUUUGUUUUUUGAUGAGUGUUCAAUGUCUUGAGUUGCCUUCAUGGAUUUUGAGAGCAACCUCCAUCAACAGCUCAGCUACAUUCAACUCAUCUCAGAGAGAGAGAGAGAGAAUGCCCUUUGUGUCAAAAAUUAUACAAUAGGUUUCACUCACCAAACUGAAUUUGCAGUCCAUACAUUUCCCCUCUAUUCACUGCCUUAUAUUUUAAUGUA